GGUCUGCCUGCCAUUCGUCCGGGUUCCGGCUGCCACCCACUCGUGGCGUCGCCCGUCGCCCGUCGCCCGCCGCUCGCUAGCCUACUACGACUUGGAACUUGGACCCCUUCCCCUUCCUCCUCCUCGUGUCCUCUUCCGUUGCCGUGCCAACCACCACCCUCAAUUGUCAAAUCAGGCCUCCUCCUCCCGGUUCCGGUUCCACCAACGACCAAGCACCCAUCUCUACUCGAGUCUCUGCGAAUCCGUUGCCGGUAGCCUCUCUGCGGUGAGAGUUCUGCUGCCGCCUGCUGGAGAUGAUGGACGACGGAGGAGGAGGCGUGCAGUCGCAGGGCGUCAACCCGGACUGCCCCAACGCCGCCAACCCCUUCCACCGCUGCGCCGCGUACUGCCCCGUCCCCGCCCCGGCCCCCACCAAAGCCGCCGCCGCCGCCGUGCGCAGCAAGCCGUCUCCGCCUCGUCCGAGGGCGGCGGCGGUGGCGGCGCAGAACGGGACAGCCAAGCACGGAGACGGCGCUGCGCGUGUCGCUCCCGCCUCCGACGCGGAGGACGACGACGACGACGGAGGCGAGAGGGAGGAGUCGCGGGCUGUCAACUCGGGCUACCCGGCGUCUCCGCCUCGUCCGGGGCCGAGGCCGACCCACGCGGCGCAGAACGGGACCGCGCGCCGCGACGAGGUUGAGGAGGAGUGCGAGAUCACCGUCGUCGACGAGUCGGAGGAGCACGGCGAGAGCGUCGAGGACCACGGAGGGCAGGAGCAGGAGCAGGAGGUCAGCGGCGGCGGCAGGACGAGGGCGAGCGCCCGGUCGCCGGCCACGGACGACGGGGGGGAGGCCGGCGGAGAGACGCCGCGGCAACAGGCGGUCAACCCGGACUGCCCCAACGCCGCCAACCCCUUCCACCGCUGCGCCGAGUACUGCCCCGUCCCCGUCCCCGUCCCCAAGGCUCCGCCGCUGCCGCGGCCACGUGGGUACGAGGGGAGCACGCACAGCGACCCCGGCGAGCUGCACCCCAGGCCGCGCCGCCGCGAUAAGGGCGGCGGCUCCGGCGGCGGCCUCCCGCUCUACGUCUUCCUGCGCGAAGGCUCCGACGGCGACGGCAAGAAGGUGGAUCCCCGCUGCCCCAACGCGCCCAACCCGUUCCACGUCUGCACCGACCACUGCCUCGCCAAGAUAUCCGAGGCCGGCCGCUCGUCGGAGGGAGCCAAGUCGCCGAUCUCGCUCUUCUCCCGCCACUCCCGCCGCUCCUCCUCGUCCUCCGAAGAUGGCAGCGUGAAGUCCGCGGGGAGCAAGAAGGUGGAUCCAAGGUGCCCGAACGCUGGCAAUCUGUUCCAUGAAUGCGGUGAGCAUUGCGCCGCCAAGAUGCAGCGGUCGGAGCAGCAGCACAAGGGGGUCAAUCUCAAGUCACCGCGCAGGAAAGUGGGGAAGAACGCUACAGCGAUCCCAAACUGGAAGGUUGAUCCGAGGUGCCCUAACGCGUCCAAUCCGUUCCACAUGUGCGCCCAGUACUGCUUCGACCAUCUGAGUGAAACAGCGCAGACAAGUGCAGCAAAGUCAGACAAGAGACGAGGCAAGGGCGUUUCUGAAGACGAGGGAAGAGGAGAAACCAAAACCAACCCUGGUUGCGCCAACGCGUCCAACCCCUACCACAAGUGCGGUGACCAAUGCAAGAGAAAGGGUGGUGGUGAUAGGUAGACCGUAGACGAGGAAGGCAGGCCGGCAAGACAGGAUCUGUCCGGACGGACGAUCGACGGCGGGCGAUGAAGGGAAGAAAGAAAAAACAAAGCUAGUUCCCAUCGACCGUCCCUGCGGGCUCCGUUCUGUAUGUAGAGUGGUGUGCUUCCCCGUUUUCCAUUGUAAUGCACUAUGUUUCUCUGACGAUGAAGGUUGCCUGUACGAGCAGAA